AUGGUUAUCUCCAGCAUGGAUGGGACAUCAAUUAUACUCUCGGAUGAUGUUGGGCAACUAUAUAUAUUAAGCACAGGUCAAGGCGAGUCCCAGAAAGAUGCAAAAUAUGAUCAGUUCUUUCUAGGUGAUUUUCGACCUCUGAUUCAAGACACCCAUGGUAAUGUACUAGACCAGAGUGAAUUUCAGCAAAGACGAUUAGGAGCAUUAGGCCUUGAGUGGCGUCCAUCAUCGCUAAGGCUUGCUGUUGGCCCUGAUUUCAGUCUGGACCCUGAUUAUCAUAUGCUUCCAUUGGCAGACUUGGAUUUGAUUACAGAACCACUGCCUGAGUUUAUAGAUGCUAUGGAAUGGGAACCUGAAGUUGAAGUGUUUAGCGAUGAUGCAGAUUCAGAAUAUAACGUCACUGAAGAUUGCUCUUCUAAGGGUGAGAAAGGAUGUUCAAGCUCCAAUGUUUCUGGUGAUUCAGGGUGGAGCACAGACAACAGUGAAGCGGAGGACACUCGCAUGGAAAGCAUUCGCAGGUCAAAGAGGAAAAAACUGAAGACUGAAACUGAGAUUAUGACUUCUUCUGGGAGACGUGUGAAAAGGAGGAACUUGGAUGAGUGUGAUGGCAAUACUAUCAGCAGUAGCCGAAGUCGGAAGGGAAAAAGUGGCCAAAAAAUAUCAAGAAGAAAAUCUUCUAAGUCAAAAUCUUCCCGACCUCAAAGGGCUGCUGCACGCAAUGCUCUGCAUCUAUUUUCCAAAAUUACUGGUACACCAACAGAUGGAGAUGAAGAUAGUUUGGUUGGUGAUUAUUCGGAUAGUGAAUCAACAUUGCAAGAGUCUAAUAUUGACAGUGAUGAAUCUGGUGGAACUUUACAGAAUGACCGAUUGAAUUAUUCCAAGGGAAAAGAAGUAUCAUAUUAUGAAUCAGAUGACACAAAAUCACGUGAGUUAACUGAAACUCAUGUGAAUUCAAUGAACAAGAGGAGGUUGGUUCUCAAGUUGCCAAUUCGUGAUAUAUCCAAUUCUACAAAUGAGUUUGAUUUCCAGGCUGAGUUGGUUGGCUCAUCAUCAAAAACUAUACAAGAAGUUACCGAUUUUAAUGGGAACAGACCAAGUUUUAAGGAUUCAGGGUAUUGUUCCGGCAGUACAAGUUACCCUACAGUUGAAAGAACAGAACAACCAAAACUUAGCCAGGUGAAAGACCAUGUAGACUUGCUGGGGAAUAUUAGAUGGGGAAUGGUUAAGGCACGUUCAUCUAAACUGUCGAGAGUAGGAGAAGCUAUGCCAUCAGACGCAAAUCCUUAUUCUGGAAAAUGUCCUGAUUAUGAAAAAGAAAAUCUUAGUACUGGGCAUGGGAAAGAGGAGAAGAACUUUAGUGCCCCAACCCCCGAGUUAGAAGUCCAAAAGGACGACUAUAUGCUAGAUAGUUUGACAGAGAUUAAUGAAAAUUGUGCUGGUACUACCACCUCACAGCCUUUUAAUCCGACCAAUAAUGGAGGAGCUAUCACAGGUUCCAGCAAUUGCAUGGACAAAGAUGAAUCACAAACACCUGCGUAUGUGAUUCCUCAGGAUUUUGUUCCUGCUUCCAUUUGCUAUAGUGGGGUUGACCAACUUCCUGAACCAAAUAUUGGUUUUUGUUCUGUUUCCACAAAACUAAGGUCGAAAAGGGGUGCAAGGGAUCCCGAAAGUCCAUCCAAGCAUGAAACGAAAUCUUCCGUGCUAAAGAAUAGUGCCUGCAGCACUAGUGAUAAUAAUUUGAACAAUGAUCAGCAUGUGGCUGUGGAUGACAACACUAAAGUAAAAUCUAAUCUGGGAGAGAAUGGAUCUCAAGAAAUAGAUCCUCGGAUUAGAGAAAAUAGUACUUCACAGGAUUUGUUAGAGCCACAAUCACACAGAGAUAAAAUGUAUAAAGCUGUUUAUAAAAGAUCAAGAUCACAUAGGGCAGUAACUAAUUUAGCUGACAGUGGUGGCCAGGGUGAAUCUACUUCAAAUGGGAGCAACAGUAAUUUCAACGCUGCAGUAGACUAUAGUAAUGGCACAAAUGAGGCUAUUCGACCCAAUGAAUCCUUACAGCUAGACCCAAUUACUUGUGACCCAAACUAUGAGCAGAAUAAUCGCGAAGUGCUGCAAGGAAAUGAAAAUUGUAUGAUAAAAAUUUCACAGAAAGUUUCCAUAAGUGGAGGACAACUGGCAGAAGAAGAAAGGGGUUCUAGUUCAAAAUUGACCGUUGGUUUGAGGUCCACUAGGAGUCGGAGGUCUAGUUAUAAUAUUCGUGAGACAAGUCCUGUAAAUAAAAGGAAAUCACUACAAUCAGCUACGAAAGGAUCAUGGUUGCUGUUAUCAACCCAUGAGGAAGGAUGCAGAUAUAUUCCACAACAGGGAGAUGAAGUUGUAUAUUUGAGACAGGGACACCAGGAGUAUAUAGAUUAUUGCCGGAAAAGUGAGUCAGGGCCUUGGGUAUCACUUAAGGGACAUAUAAAAGCUGUAGAAUAUUGUAUAGUUCAAAGCCUAGAGUAUUCCCAUCUUGCAGGGUCUGGUGAUAGCUGCUGCAAAAUGACUCUUCAGUUUGUAGAUCCUAAUUCGAGUGUUGUUGGAAAAUCUUUUAAAUUAACCCUACCCGAAGUGACUGGUUUCCCAGAUUUUCUUGUUGAAAGGACUAGGUUUGAUGCUGCUAUGCAAAGAAAUUGGACACGCAGGGAUAAAUGCAGGGUUUGGUGGAGAAAUGAGGAUAAUUCCUCUGGUAAUUGGUGGGAUGGUCGAAUAUUGUGUGUGAAAGCCAAGUCUUCUGAAUUUCCAGACAGUCCAUGGGAGAGUUGUACUGUUCGGUACAAGAGUGACCUCACUGAAACGCAUUUGCAUAGUCCUUGGGAGCUUUUUGAUGCAGACACUGAAUGGGAACAGCCUCACAUUGAUGAUAACAUGAGAAAUAAACUGCAAUCUGCUCUCACCAAAUUACAGCAGUCAGGCAACACAGUCCAGGAUCGUUAUGGGGUGCAUGAAUUGAAGAAAAUUUCAAAUAAGUCCAAAUUUAUAAACAGGUACCCUGUCCCUAUAUCACUUGAAUUGAUGCAGACAAGGUUGAAGAACAACUACUACCGUAGUUUGGAGGCACUGAAGCACGAUGUGACAAAUUUACUAGCGAAUUCCACCUCCUUUUUUGAAAAGGAUGCAGAUGUGUCAGCAAAAAUCAAACGCCUAUCAGAAUGGUUCACACGAACAUUAUCAUCUUUAUAG